CUUCUCCAAAGGAGCAUCCGGUCCCCUCGCCAACCUGGCCCGGACCUUGCGCUCCUCCGUCGCUUGAGAAGGAAAUGUCGGUCACGGGGAGGGGGCGGGAAUCUUGAUUUAUUUCCCUGUCCUUGGACAACUUGUAUAUAUGAGUGUCCUCCUCCCCUCUUUUCUCAAUGCUUCAGACACGGGUGCCUGCGUGCGCGCUCGAAGGAGGCAGCGGCAAGCGCCUCUGCUCCUCUCCGCCCAAUCUUCCCUGCGCUACGGCUUUGCAAAGGAGGAGGAAGAGGAAGAUGGCGAGCCAAUGCAAUUAGCCUAACAAGGGACCGGCGGCAGUGGGAGCAGUCGGCGGCGGCGGCGGCGGCUUUUGCCCGGGCCACUGACACAUCCCACCCCCCUUUUUUUUCUUUUUCUUCUCGCCGGGGCGACCGGUUGAGAAAGUCCAGCGGGAUCUUUCCCUACGCUCUCCCCCCCUUUUUUUUUACUCUCGCAGGGCUUUUUGGACAAGAAUCCCUUUCCUCUUGGAUCCCAUCGUGAAGGCGAGGCUUGCUUAGAAUUUGCGUGCUGGACAGCGCUCUUUUAAAAAACAUUUUUUUUUUUUUGCUCUCUCCCAAAAGACAGAGACGGGUCUUUUUCCCAGCUUGAGCGCUAUCCCAUUUUUUCAGGUGGGAGUGGCUGCACCCCUUUUCCUUGGUGCAUGUGGACAGCCGUGUUUUUCUUUUUCUUUUGCCUACCGCCCCACUUCCUCCCUCUGGAGCCUAUUUUUGCCGCGCGACAACCCCACCACCACCAACACACACACACACACACGCAAACACCCCAUGUUGACUCCAGCAGAUUUCUUCCCCCUCAUUGUAACUGGAGUCUGAAAUAAUGGCGAGCCGUUGGACACUUUGGGGAAAAAGAGGCUCCUCGGCACCCGAAAUCCCCGAGAAAUGCAGCCAGGGGGUGAUGCUCAUCUCUGAUUCACAGCCGAAGAGCCAGCAUUGUCCGAAGACAUUUCCGUGGUCAUGUGGCAUAUGCCAAAGGUGCACGGAAUGCUGUUACCUUCCCACCAAAAUGUGCGGGUGUUGUCAACCCGCGGAUCCGGAGCCGCAUGCAGGUCUUUGGGCCUUCUGCUGCUGUUCCUUGCCCCAACACUGGCUGGCCCUGCCCCUCACCGUCCCCUCCCAGUCACUCCUUGGCUGGCCUGAGAAGGUAUCCAAACAUGAAGAGGAAAAAGGGCAGUGUGAAACAGGGUCAAUGUCAGAAGAUGAAGAAACUUGGCCCGGACUUAAACUGAUAGCUUUACGAAGAUCACCAAUGGGUUUUGGUUUUACCUUAAGACAUUUUAUUGUUUACCCUCCAGAAUCUGCUAUUCAGAUAUCUUUAAAAGAUGAAGAGAAUGGAAAUAAAAGUGGCUCUUCAAUACACUUUAUGAAGAAAAGAACUAAAGUAGACUUCACUGAAAAAGCUCGAGGGAGAGCAAGAGCAAGAGCAAGAAAGAAGCCUGAGCCAGUGGAUACCAUAUUUGUUAAACAAGUUAGAGAAGGAGGUCCUGCUUUUGAAGCUGGACUAUCCACAGGUGACAGAAUUAUAAAAGUGAACAGGGAAAGUAUCAUAGGGAAGACAUUUUCUCAAGUAAUUGGUUUAAUUCAGAACAGUGAUGAUGAUUUGGAACUCAGUGUUAUGCCAAAAGAUGAGGACAUUCUUCAACUUGCAUAUUCCCAGGAUGCCUACCAGCAAGGCAAUGAAGCCUACACUGGUAAUGCUCUUUACAUACCUGAACCUCCACCAAUAAGUUAUCCUCGAUUAACAUAUCCAACUCCUGUCCUGACAUUACCUAUGGAGAAAGCACCUCCUGACUUAUCACUGGGAAAGCAAUCAAAUAGUAGAGCUGUACCGACAUUAGCACAACCUGAAAAGGCCUGCAGAAAGGAAAUACAAGUGCCUCCAUCUCCAAAAGAUAUUGCAAAAUCUAACACAGCUGUCUGUGUUUGUAACGAGACCAUAAGAACAGUUGUUGUGCCUUCUGAGAACGAUGUAGACUUUUCAUCAGUUAGAACAAACCACACUAGUCCAUCACACCAGACAGAAGAUAUAAAAUACAGUUUCAAAGAACAAACCUCUGUAAAAGCAAAACCACGUACCACUUCACCUUCCUCUUCGAUGUCCACUGCCAUUAUACUUCCUCAGACUCCACUUACAAAACCAACAGAUUCCCCAGAAGCAGCCUGUGAUUCUGGAAACUAUGAAGGAGAGCCAAAAGGAGCUUCAGGUUGUAGUUCUCCUGCUCAGAGUGGAGAUUCUCCCUCUGGUAAUAUUAAUCACACCACUUCUCCAAGUGCCCGUCGUAAGAUAGACUGGAAAACUUACAAAACCUACAAAGAAUAUAUUGAUAACAAACGCUUUCCCAAAUAUGGUUUCAGAACCAUACAGGAAAGGUUAGAUAGUUUAAGAGGCACAUCCACACAUUCAGUAGAUUACUAUAUUGGCUCACAGGUACGCUGCAGAAGCACCUCUCAUGAUAGGAGCUCACAGUCUCUAUCUGCUCGGCAAAGGAGCAUAUCCCAGGAAAGAGUUAAAGAUACUGUAUUAAUCAAAAGGUGGCCAAGAAGUGCUUCGCAAGAUAGUUUAACUUCACCAGUUAUCAGUCCUCGAAGUCGUAGGGCACGCUCCUGGAACUAUUUAGGCAGACACGGUGAAGCAGUGGAAAGUGUUCCCAGUCAGGACCUUAUUGCAGAUUCAAGCACAGCCAAAAAAAUUACAAAUGAAUGUACUGAACUUACUGAUCAAAAUGACCCUCAAGGCGUUUAUGAAAUUUCAUGUGAUUUUUCUGUGGCUCCUGGUGUUUAUUCUUCAGGUGGUAGACAAAUAAGCAACCGAGUCUUAGGACCCUUUGCUCAAUUCCAGAAAAAUUCAACUGAUGUAAAAUUGCUGCAACCUUCCAAGGAUUUGCCGACCACUGGAGGUUCAAGAUCACCUCGCUCAACAACUAGAAGCACAAGAAAUAGUUCUUUGAAGACCUGUGUACGUUAUGCAGCAAAGCCAUCAUUUCCUUCUAAUCAGAGUCUUGAUAGUGCUACAACCACAGACCAAAGAGAAAUUAAUUAUGUGCACUAUAGUGGUUUGCCACCUCAACAAUCCAGGAAACAUGCAGAAAGUCCACCAGAUCCCAAACUAGACAUGAGCAAGUCUAAUCUUUCCCCCGUUUCCUAUACAACUUCUGUCAAUUUUGUCCCACAAGUUAACGAGCACUUAACUACCUUGGUUAAUUUAGAUGUGUCUGUCAGACAAAAGAUUCAAAACUUUGAAACCGAAGCUAUAAAACAGCCUGAAGUCCAAGCAACAGAUGAGACAAAUGAGGAGGAAGUGGUUUUGCGGGAAAAGCCAUCUUCUGGCCAUCAAACCCCACAGCUUUUGCGACAUCAGUCCUAUAUUUUAGCUGUAAAUGGUCAGGACUCUGCCUCUGAGACCACUUGUUGGUUACCCAAUGAUGCACGGAGAGAAGUUCAUAUAAGAAAAAUAGAAGAAAGGAAAGCCUCUUGUUCCUGCACACCUUAUGAUUCCUUGGCAUCAAUUCCAUUCAUAGAUGAGCUGACCAGUCCUAGUAUUGACAUGGACAUCACCCACAUUCCAGCUUCUGCUGUUAUUUCACCACCUCCUUCACGAGCAAUGGCUACCACCAGUGCUGUUCCUUUGAGUUGCAGUGCUCUUGUACCUUUUAUUCGACGUCAACUGUCUUCUGGCCAUGAAUCAAUUAGGACUAGUGACCUAGAUGAUCAAUUCCCUGCAAAAAAUGAAAGGUCCAAAUCUUAUGAUGAAGGACUUGAUGACUAUAAAGAAGGAAAAAGGGCCAUAAAGCAUGCACCGAGCUUAAAGGAAAUUAAGAUUCCAAAUAGCCAAGCAUCUUCAAAAAAUGCAGGAUUCAGAAAAGCAUCUGCUUCAGAAGUCUUUGGUGACACCUCCAAAGAAGGAUAUCUUCAUUUUCGGCAGUUGGUUACAGACAAGGGGAAGAGAGUUGGUGGGAGCAUCCGGCCAUGGAAACAGAUGUAUGUCAUCCUCAGAGGGUGUUCAUUAUACUUAUACAAGGAUAAAAAAGAACCAGCUAUGCUUUCUGAGGAGGAACAGCCCAUCAACAUCAAUGCUUGUUUAACAGACAUUUCAUAUAGUGAUACCAAGAAGAAACAUGUGUUUCGGCUUACUACAUCAGACUGUGAAUACCUGUUUCAAGCUGAAAAUAGAGAUGACAUGCUGGCAUGGAUUAAGGCUAUACGAGAAAACAGCAAUGAGGAGGACACAGGUGUCUCAAGCAAGGAUCUAAUUAGCCGGAGGAUUAAAGAAUACAGCACAAUUAUGGGUGCUUCUAGUGGCAAAACUGAGCCACUUUCAAAACCAUCCCGACCGAGCCUUAUUAAAAGACAGACAUUCCUUGGCACUAAAACUGAGCAAAGAACUCAGAGUCCACAUUCUCCUAAGGAGGAAUCAGAAAAGAAAUUCCUUACUAAAGAAAAAGAUGAGACAAGCCCACCCAAAGAUAAAGGUAUAUGGCGAAAAAACAUUCCAAGCAUCAUGAAAAGAACAUUUGAAAAGAAGCCAUCUGCCGCUUGCACAUUUGGUGUCAAACUAGAUGAUUGUCCCCCAGCAGAAAGCAAUAAGUAUAUUCCAAGAAUUGUUGAAAUAUGCUGCAAACUAGUUGAAGAGAGAGGUCUUCAAUAUACUGGUAUUUAUAGGGUUCCAGGAAAUAAUGUUGCCAUCUCAAAUAUGCAAGAAGAACUGAACAAAGGAAUGACUGACAUUGACCUUCAAGAUGAUAAAUGGCGAGAUCUGAAUGUUAUAAGUAGUUUAUUGAAGUCCUUUCUUCGAAAGCUUCCAGAACCACUCUUUACUAAUGAGAGAUAUACAGCUUUCAUAGACGCCAACAGAAAAGUAGAUCCUAUUGAACGACUAAAAACAUUGAAAAGCCUGAUCUAUGAUUUACCUGAACAUCAUUUUGAAACACUUAAAUUUCUCUCUGCCCAUCUGAGAAGUGUAGCAGAACAUUCAGAAGAGAACAAGAUGGAACCAAGAAACCUGGCAAUAGUAUUUGGUCCAACACUUGUGAGGACAUCUGAAGAUAACAUGACUAAUAUGGUUACUCAUAUGCCAGAUCAAUACAAAAUUGUAGAAACACUUAUCCAAAAACAUGACUGGUUUUUCGCAGAAGAUGAUGCUGAACAACCUUUUACAGGAGUUCAGGAAGCAAACACAGUAGAGUCUCAGCCAGUGCCAAGCAUAGAUCAUUUACUCAGCAACAUUGGAAGGAUUGGAGUAUAUCCUGGAGAUGUAUCAGAUUCAGCUACUGGUGACUUUUCCAAAUUUAAGGUUUCUUGGGGAUCUGGAAAUAAUCAAUACAGCAGAGAGCUACUCAAAUCCUCUAUAUUUGCCACAACCAGUCGCAAGCGGAAAAAAGCAAAAGACAAAUUGCAACCCAGCAGCUCUGAAGAUGAGUGGGAUAGUGCUUUUUUCAUGAAGGAGCCUGCAGAGCUCCAUUUCAAUGAUUCAGCAAAAAAGGACACAUCUAAAACGGAGCUGGAGAAGGAAACCGCAGGGGGAAUAGAGAAAACAGGAUUUCCGAAAGAAAAAGAAGACUGUGUUAACAAUUCUGCAACAAGCAAGGAUGAAAUGUUGCUGAAAAAAGAGAAUUUGUUCUCUGAAGAACCCUCAACAUCUUAUAUUCAGAAAUACAGGAGAUCCCCAAAUCUCGUCUCCUGGCAAAAUACAGAAAAAGAUUACCAUAAAGUCCCUAAUUUCCAGAUUGCUUCUGUGUUGGAAGAAACCACUUUGGACUCAGGCACUACCCUCAGCUGCAGUUCACCUCUGCAAAAAGUAUCCUGUAAAAGAUUAGGAGACCCUGAAAAUAAACGCAGUGAAUUUUUAACUGCUGAUGUUGGCUCCAUCACUUCAGGUUACUCCACAACAUCCUCCACUGCAUAUUUAGCUGGUGUAGAUUCCACUGUGCUGGCUACUGAAGCGCUUUACUCGGUGACUGAGAGUAAAGGAGAAGAGGCCGAUGACGAAAGUAGUGAGCUGAUCAGUGAAGGUCGCCCUGUAGAAACAGACAGUGAAAAUGAUUUUCCUGAUUUUGCAGCAAGUUCUCCUGUGGAUAGGUUAUUCAGGGAGAAGACUCAAGACAUGGCAAAGAACCUUAGGAGAAACUCUGAAGAAAAUGAAGUAGGUUGUUCAGGAGGCACUUCAACGCCAAAGUUAGACAGUCGCCGACUUUUCAAUUCAUACAAACUUAUUGAAUGUGAUACUCUAUCUCGGAAAAAGUUGGCCAGGUACAAAAUGGAGAGUGAAGGCUUAAGGGAUGCAAAACACGAGGAGGAUAUAAAGAAAGGAAAGACAGACAGCAGCUUAACCCCAUCAACAGGAAGUGAACCUGUCAAACAGGAGCCUACAUGGAAACUCAAGAUUCCAGACAGAUUAAGACUGCGUCUCAAAUCAUCCUCCGAUGAUAUGCUUGGAAGUGGCAGUCAGGAGUCAAGCCCUGCAGAGAGCUCCAAAAGAAAGAACAUCAGGCGAAGACACACAUUAGGAGGACAGAGAGAUUUUAUUGAAUCAAGUGUUCUGAAUGCAUGGAAAAUUCAAGAGAAAUACCCAAGCAUGGAGAAAGACACUUUAGCAGUAACCCGACCUAAGACAAAAUCCCCAUCCCAGUACACACCCAUUUCAGAGUAUGUUGCACAAGAGCGUCUGCUGAGUAACCCAGUAGACCUUAAAACAAAUAAAACUGAAAAGGUGAAUGUAAGCCAAUUAGAUGAUUCCUCAAAGGCAGAAUCCUCAUUUUCUGCAGAGUUAUCAUCAGGAGGUGAUAGUACCACUUCUUCUGGUAGUUCUUCCACUGAAGCUUGGUACAUAAAACCCAUGGAGUACUCAGUACUCUAGACCAUUUCAGUGGAGAAAGCUACCAAACUAUGAAUGAGGUCCAUCAGCCUGGCUGUUGAUGCUCACCCUCAAUAAUUAUCUGAGACCUUGGAGAUUAUGUCUUGAUUCUACUAGUCCUUUUGACACAGUUAAAUAGCCGCUGCCACAGUUCAGUAGCGUAUUUUCUUUUUUCUUUUCCUCGGUUGUUCUGUAUGCUUUUCCCCACCCUACACACAGUGUUAGUGUGCACUAUGCAUAAUGCAGCUACAAUAUUAUUAGUCAGAAGAAAAAAUAAUUCUUUUUAUUUUAGUUGUUAACAAGUGCCUCAUCAACUUUUUUUUAAAGUUCAUUUGAUUUGUUAAGGUGCCAUAAUAGUUGUUAUAUUUAGAUAUUUAUGUUAACUGUAAAGAGCAAAUUGCUACAUUUUAUUGUAGAGACUGAAAGGGAGAAUGUAAACCAAUUAGAUGAUUCCUCAAAAACAGAGUCCUCGUUUCCUGCAGAGUUAUAAUCAAGAGGUAAUAAUACCAGUUCUGAUAGUUCUUCUGGUUUAUAAUACUCACUGAGUACUUGGAUUUCUAAAUCACUGGGAAAAGCUACCAAUAUAUGAACAAUGAUAUUCACCCUCAUAAAUUAUCUGGGCCCAGGAGGAUAUAACUUGAUUCUACCAGUCCCAUUGAGACCAUUAAAUGGCCAGCACCACAAUUCAGUAGCUCUCCCCUCCCUUCCCCUCUCCUCUCUUGUUCUAUGUUGUCCUGUCCCCCAGUGUUAGUAUGCACUAUGCAUUAAUGCAACUAUGACAUUGUUAGUUGGAAGAAAAAAAAAUUUGAGUUUAGUCGUUAACAAGUGCCUCAUCAAAAAUUAAAAUUUUAAAAAAGUUCAUUUGGUUUGUUAAGGUGCCAUAAUAGUUGUUACAUUUAGACAUUUAUGUUAAACAUAAAACAAAUUGCUGCAUUUUAUUGUUAAGACAUUUCAUUACAUUUUUCAAAAUGUAACACACAUGGGUACAGAGCUUCCAUUUAGGCAUUCCAGUUGGGUUUUUGAGUUUUAUAUUCUGAUUUUAAUACAGUUUUUGAGUAUUAUGUGACUUGAAUUUUUACUCUUUCUGUAAAAUAACUUAAAUGUAAAUACACUAUGUGUGUAUCUUUUCCUCAGACACCAGCUUUGAUAUAAAUGUUGUAACAUAGAAGUGUAGAUAGUAGAUCCUGGAUAUGUGGAUAGAACUGGUUUCUUUUACCAAGAAUAUAAUUCUGCAUGAGGAGUUAAUAAAUCCAGAUCUGUACAUGCUUCUGUGUAUAUCCACUUAAAACACUGGAAAUAAAUUGGUUUUGAUUGUU